AGUUUUAUAGAUUAGUUGAUAGUUUUGUUUUUUUAAGUGAUAAAAUAAAACAAGAAAAAAAGUAUGAAUGCAUUCCUCAUCCUUAAAGAUGGUCCUACUUUUGCCGGCCAUCACUUCGGCUACGAGACCAAUGUCACCGGAGAAGUUGUUUUCCAGACAGGAAUGGUCGGCUAUGUCGAGUCACUAACUGAUCCGUCAUAUCAUAGACAGCUACUGGUUCUGACCUAUCCGUUGAUAGGCAACUAUGGUGUUCCCGAUACUAACCAAAUACUAACAGAUGAUUGGGGACUACCGAAGUGGUUUGAGUCGUCAAAGAUAUGGCCAAUCGGUUUGAUUGUCGGCGAGUAUUCCGAAUACUAUAGCCACUGGAAUGCCGGCCAGUCAUUGGAUAAGUAUUUGAAAGCCUUUAAAGUUCCCGGAGUCCAGGGUAUCGACACUAGAAAACUGACAAAAUAUUUACGUAAUAGUGGCAGUUGUUUGGCUAAGUUGGUCAUCAAAGAUAUUGUUAUUGCCAAUGAAUUGUCAUUCAGUGAUCCCAAUUUGGAUCAUCUGGUCGAAGAUGUUUCCAUCAAACAAUCAGUUGUCUACAACCAGAAAGGAUCGCCAAGAAUAUUGGCCGUCGAUUGUGGCAUAAAAUACAAUCAAAUCAGAUGUCUGGCGGCCAGAGGAGCUCGGGUUGAAGUAGUCGGUUGGGACUAUCCGUUUGCCGACAAUCCGGCCACUUAUGACGCCAUAUUCAUCAGCAAUGGUCCGGGAGAUCCGGACAAAUGUACAAAAACUAUUGAAAACAUCCGGAAACUGAUUACCGGCGACACUGUCGUAUGUCCCAUAUUUGGUAUCUGUUUGGGACAUCAAUUGUUAGCCAAAGCGGCCGGUGCCCAAACAUACAAAAUGCCGUACGGUAAUCGUGGCCACAAUCAACCGGCACUGUUUUUGGACACAAUCAGCUGUUGUAUUACAUCGCAAAAUCACGGUUUCGCUGUCGAUGUCAAAUCGUUUCCCGUAGCAGACGAAUGGAUCCCAUUGUUCACUAAUGCCAACGACAAUAGCAACGAAGGAAUUGCUCACAAAAAUAAACCGUAUUUCAGUGUCCAGUUUCAUCCGGAACAUACAGCUGGACCCGAGGACAUGGAGUUUUUGUUUGAUGUAUUUCUCGACACUGUAACCAGUCAUCGGAAAAAACUUAAUGAUCCGUUUAUAUCAAUUGCCGAUCGGAUCCGAAAGUAUUUCCCGUUGACCACCAUUUCAUCGAUGGUUACGACCAAGAAACCGCGAAAAGUUUUGAUUCUCGGUUCUGGCGGACUAUCCAUAGGACAGGCCGGCGAGUUUGAUUACUCGGGCUCGCAAGCGAUCAAAGCCCUAAAAGAAGAGAAGAUCCAAACUGUUCUCAUCAAUGCAAACAUUGCCACCGUUCAGACAACGCCUGGUUUGGCUGAUAAAGUCUACUUCUUGCCAAUCACUUUGGAUUAUGUAACAGAUGUGAUCCGAUCGGAACGGCCCGACAGUGUUAUGCUUAUGUUUGGCGGACAGACAGCUCUCAAUUGUGGCAUUGAAUUGGAGAAAAGCGGAGUUUUGCGUGACUAUAAUGUAGAAGUAUUGGGAACACCAAUCAAAUCGAUUAUUGAUUCGGAAGAUAGAGAAAUAUUUUCGCAAAAAGUUACCGAAGUUGGCGGCGAAGUAGCACCGAGUCGUGCAGCCUAUUCGGUUGAAGAAGCUUUAGUUUAUGCCGAACAAUUGGGUUAUCCGAUACUGGCCAGAGCUGCCUAUGCUUUGGGAGGUCUCGGCUCGGGCUUUGCCAACACACCCGAAGAACUCAAACAGAUUGUUAGCCAGGCGUUGGUUAACUCGAAUCAGGUUUUGCUCGACAAGAGUCUGAAAGGUUGGAAGGAAGUCGAGUAUGAGGUGCUGAGGGAUGCCUACGAUAACUGUAUUACUGUCUGUAAUAUGGAAAACGUCGAUCCGUUAGGCAUUCAUACCGGUGAGUCCAUUGUGGUGGCGCCGAGUCAGACACUGACCAACUAUGAGUACAAUAAGUUAAGGACAAUGGCCAUCAAAGUGGUCAGACAUUUGGGUGUUAUCGGCGAAUGUAACAUCCAGUACGCGCUGAAUCCCGAAUCCGAACAAUUUUACAUAAUCGAAGUCAAUGCUCGACUGUCCCGAAGUUCGGCAUUAGCUUCGAAAGCCACUGGCUAUCCGUUGGCCUACAUUGCGGCCAAAGUAGCUCUCAAUAUACCGCUGUCGCAACUGGUCAACAGUGUUACCAAUGAAACGACCGCUUGUUUCGAGCCGGCACUGGACUAUUGUGUGGUGAAGAUUCCGCGCUGGGAUUUGGGAAAGUUUACGGGCGUUAGUCAUCAAAUCGGUAGUUCCAUGAAGAGUAUCGGCGAGACUAUGGCAAUCGGCAGGACUUUCGAGGAAGCGUUUCAAAAGGCUCUGCGAAUGGUCGACGAAACAGUCGACGGUUUAGAUCCGUUUCUCAAGAAACCAAACAAACAGGAGUUAGAAUCGCCAACCGAUAAACGUAUCUUUGCUUUGGCCGCCGCUCUCUAUGACAACUGGACUAUUGACCAGUUGUAUGAGUUGACCAAAAUUGAUGAAUGGUUUCUCUAUAAGUUCAAAAAUAUUAUCGAUCAGCUCAAAGAAUUAAAGUCACUGCAGACUACCGACGGUUUGACGGCCGCUGUUUUGCUUAAAGCCAAGAGGUUAGGCUUUUCCGAUAAAAUGAUUGCCCAAUGCGUCGAAAGUACCGAAUUGGUGAUCAAAAAACUGAGAGACGAAAACAAUAUCAAACCGUUUGUCAAACGAGUGGAUACAGUGGCAGCCGAAUGGCCGGCCACUACAAACUACUUGUAUUUGACCUAUAAUGCCGAAGAAAGUGAUAUCGAUAGUCAUGACAAUAACGCUGUUAUGGUAUUGGGAAGCGGUGUCUAUCGGAUUGGAUCAUCGGUUGAGUUUGAUUGUUGUUCAGUUGGUUGCGUACAGGAGCUGAAAAAGAUGAAUAAGUCGACGAUUAUGGUUAACUGUAAUCCGGAAACAGUUAGUACCGAUUACGACAUGUGCGACAAAUUGUAUUUCGAAGAGAUAUCGUUUGAGACGGUUCUCGAGAUCUAUCACUUGGAGGCACCGGAAGGUAUUAUCUUGAGUAUGGGCGGACAGUUGCCCAACAAUAUAGCUAUGGAUUUGUUCGGCCAGAAUGUAAAAAUAUUGGGCACAUCACCCGAAUCGAUAGACAAUGCCGAAAAUCGGUACAAAUUUUCCCGAUUGUUGGACCUGAAGAACAUUCAUCAACCGAUUUGGGUGAAAGUGGCCGAAAUAGACAAAGCCAAAGAAUUUUGCAAACGUAAUGGUUAUCCGUGUAUUGUUAGACCAUCGUAUGUGCUAUCGGGUGCUGCCAUGAAUGUGGCCACUUCGGAGCGUAACUUAGAAAACUAUUUGAAUGAAGCGACGGCUGUCUCGAAGGAACAUCCGGUAGUCAUCUCGAAGUUCAUAAUCGAUGCCAAAGAGAUUGAUGUCGACGCUGUUGCCCAGGACGGCGAACUUGUAUGUAUGGCCGUCUCGGAACACGUGGAAAACGCUGGCGUACACUCCGGUGACGCCACUUUGGUAACACCGCCGCAAGAUUUGACACCGAAAACGUUAGCAAAUAUCAAAGUUAUUUGCGAAGCCAUUGGCAAAGAACUGUUGGUCAACGGUCCCUAUAAUAUGCAACUGAUCGCUAAAGACGACGACCUUCAAGUGAUUGAAUGCAAUCUUCGAAUUUCCCGAUCGUUUCCAUUUGUGUCGAAGACAUUGAACUGCGAUCUGGUGGCGUUGGCCACCAAAGUGAUUAUGGGUGUCAAAGUAGAUCCCAUUGAUAUUGUUUUGGGCAAAGAUCUGAUAAACGGUUAUAUUCCGCGAAGAGUUGGUGUCAAAGUACCACAGUUUUCGUUUUCACGACUGAGCGGUGCCGACGUAACACUAGGCGUCGAAAUGGCCAGUACUGGCGAAGUGGCCUGUUUUGGUCAGAACAGAUAUGAAGCAUAUCUGAAAGCUAUGCUUUCGACUGGUUUUCGUUUGCCGGUUAAGAAACGGGUAUUCAUAUCGAUAGGACAGCACCGGCAGAAAAUUGAAUUAUAUCCAAGUAUUAGAGCUUUAUCUAAUAUAGGUUUCCAUUUGUUUGGUAGUCUGGGAACCGCUGACUUUUACAAUGAAAAAGGUAUUAAUGUUGAGGCCGUCGAGUGGCCAUUCGAUGACGAAGACAAAGUCUGCCGUUUCAACGAUAUUGCCAACUAUUUGUCGACCAAAGAGUUUGAUUUGGUAAUCAAUAUACCGAUGAGAACUUCGGGCAAUCGCCGAGUAUCGACAAUCGGUUAUUAUGCCCGACGUUUCGCUGUCGACCACUCGGUACCGCUCAUAUCUGAUGUAAAGUGUACCAAACUGUUGGUACAGGCGCUUCAGUUGGUCGAAGGUCGGCCACCGGUCAAAACGCAUAUCGAUUGUUUGACGGCCAGCAAAAUAAUCAGACUUCCGGGACUUAUUGACAUUCAUGUGCAUCUGCGAGAACCGGGCGAUGAGCACAAAGAGGACUGGGAAUCGGGAACAGAAGCCGCAUUAGCCGGUGGUUUCACUUUAAUAGGAGUGAUGCCAAACACCAAGCCUGCCAUCACUGAUGCCGAAACCUAUUCAGAUGUGUCCAAUUUGGCCAAAACUAAAGCCAAAUGUGAUUAUGCAUUGUUUUUGGGCGCCACCAGUAGUAAUGCCGAAAUUGUGGCCAAAUUAGCCAAAAAGAAUCCCAUUCUGUCGCUGAAAAUGUAUUUGAACAAUACGUUCGGUGAUCUUUGUUUGCCAAAUAUGACCGAUUGGAUGAAACAUCUCGAGUGUUGGCCAAAAGACAUACCGAUCUGUGUUCACGCCGAACGCCAGACAACUGCUGCCAUCAUAUCGUUGGCACAUCUCUACAAACAGCCCAUUCAUAUAUGCCAUGUGGCCCGAGAAGAGGAGAUACUAGUGAUCAAGAAAGCCAAAGAACAGGGCGUCAAAGUUACCUGCGAAGUAUCACCGCAUCAUCUGUUCCUAACCGAAGAUGACAUCAAAUGUAUUGGUGGUGAAUCGAGAAGUAAUGUUAAACCAUGUUUGGUGACGAAAAAAGAUCAACAGGCUUUGUGGAACAACUUAGCCAUCAUCGACAUCAUUGCCUCGGAUCACGCACCACAUCUUAGCAGUGAAAAAGUGGGACCUAAUUCGCCGCCCGGUUUUCCCGGACUUGAGACAACAUUGCCGUUGUUGUUGACAGCCGUCAAAGAGAACCGAUUGACAAUCGAUGACUUACUCAAUAAGUUGUGUUACAAUCCCAGACGUAUCUUCAAUAUACCCGAACAGAAGAAUACCUAUAUAGAGGUCGAUCUAAACGAAGAAUGGAUAAUACCUGAGGCGAUGCCAUUCUCGAAGGCCGGUUGGACUCCGUUUGCCGGUCGGAAAGUUUACGGACGAGUCAGACGUGUUGUUAUGCGCGAUACGGUUGCCUUUGUCGACGGCCAGGUAUUAGUCGACAAACAUUUCGGACAAAAUGUUUUCAAACUGGAAGGCGACGGUUCCAUACCAUCGCCUGUCGAGACUGCCGUUGGAUUUCAAAAUUUAGUUAACCAUCAAAAGCUCAGCCAAACUCAUGAAAUUUAUACGGAAAUGCUCACAGAAUUGGAAAUUCCGGCCCAGAAUCUAAAGGCUCAGAAUCAGCUGAAAAAACCCCUAACAGUAAUGCUUAACAGUCCAUCCAAUGCUAAAAUAGGGCCAAUUAUAUCUCCGGUUCCCAACAUUGAUAACCGACUCGUUGGUCACGAUAUACUAUCGGUUGAUGCCUUCGAUAGGGAACAGUUGCACGAGUUGUUCAAUUUGGCCCAUAAGUUUCGGUUGUGUGUCCUCAAUGAUAAACCGCUAGAAAGAGAUGGUCAGAUCAUACGUAUUGAAGACAUACUGAAAGGCAAAGUAAUGGCAUUGAUGUUCUAUGAGGUCAGUACGCGAACCAGUUGUUCGUUUGCGGCGGCUAUGCAUCGAUUGGGUGGUUCGGUCGUCAAUUUGAACGAAGAGUCUUCGUCGGCCAAAAAAGGCGAAUCACUUGACGAUUCGGUUCAUAUAAUGGCUAAUUAUACUGAUGUUAUUGUCAUCAGACAUCCAGAAAAGCAUGCCAUCAAUAGAGUGGCCAAAUCCAGAUCGUGGGCUAAGCCUAUUAUCAAUGCCGGCGACGGUAUUGGCGAACAUCCGACACAGGCAUUGCUCGACGUGUUUACCAUAAGAGAAAGCAUCGGAACUGUUAAUAAUUUAAUGAUUACAUUAGUCGGCGAUUUGCUUAAUGGCCGCACUGUCCACUCAUUGGCCCGAAUGUUGUCCAACUAUUACGGUAUAACAAUGCAAUUUGUAUCGCCACCGCAGCUGAAAAUGCCCGAUGAAAUCAAACAGUUUUUGGCUCAGAAAGGUAUCCGAUUUUUGGAAACUCAAUCACUACACGAGGCACUGCCCGAUACGGAUGUCUUGUAUAUGACACGUAUUCAGAAGGAACGGUUCCAAAGUGAACAGGACUAUAAAAAUUGUUGCAAUCAUUUCAUUAUAACACCACAGUUGAUGACCAAAGCCAAGUCCAAUAUGAUUGUUAUGCAUCCAUUGCCCAGAGUUAAUGAAAUAGCGCCUGAGUUCGACUCCGAUAAGAGAGCCGUUUAUUUUACACAAGCAGAGAACGGUAUGUUUGUCCGGAUGGCACUGUUGGCUAUGGUUUUGGGAAAGUGCUGAUUGCUGAAGACCAACCAACCAACCAACAACCAUACCAUUCCCAAGUCAUACAAAUACAACAACAAAUUUUAAA